AUGUCAAAAGACUCAGAAGCUCCCCCUACGGCAUACCCGUCAACGUCGCUGAAGAAACAAGAUCAAGAAGGAACCAAGGGACUAGACUCCUUACUCGAACCCGGCGCGAACUGGACUCAAUUGGAGUUCUGGGAUGACGAGGGCAAAGCCCCGUAUCUCAAAGACUAUGAGGGUCGAGGUCUCCUCAAGGACAAAGCGGUGCUGAUCACCGGCGGCGAUUCUGGGAUCGGCCGAUCCGUCGCGAUCCUCAUGGCCCGCGAAGGUGCAGACAUAACCUUCGUCUACCUACCUGAAGAAGAAGAGGAUGCGAAAUGGACGAAGAGCCAGAUCGAGAAAGCUGGCCGACAAGCCCAAACUCUUGCCCUGGACAUCACCAAAGAAGAAAACUGCAAAAAGGCCGUCGACGCGCACAUCGAGAAAUUCAAGAAGCUAUCAGUCCUCGUUAACAAUUCUGCCAUGCAAGAAAUAUGUCAAGACUUCCGCGAGAUCGACCUAUCUGUCGUCGAAAAGACCUUCCGUACCAACGUGCUCAGCAUGUUCGCCAUGACUAAAUUCGCACUACCGCUCAUGAAACGGGGUUCCAGCAUCGUCAACUCCUGCAGCGUGGCCGCCUACAUGGGCAAUCCACAACUAGUCGACUACUCGUCGACAAAAGGUGCGAUCGCAACGUUCACACGCAGUCUGGCACAGCAGCAGGCGCCCAAUGGCAUCCGAGUUAACGCCGUGGCGCCGGGUAUCAUCUGGACGCCACUGCAGCCUGCAACGAAGAAUAAUCCACCCGAGGCGAUGGACUCUCUCGGUGUGCAGGAAGCGCCAUUGCAACGGCCGGGCAUGCCUAUUGAGGUGGCGACGGCGUAUGUGCUACUUGCUUCGCCUCUAGGCUCGUAUUUUACCGGAGAAGUCAUUCAUGGUACCGGCGGGAUUGAAAUGCAGGGUUGA